UCUCUCCGGUCCCUGACUCUGAGCUCCGACCACGCGCAGGAAGGGACUCCCGCACCAGCCGCACUAUCCCGGAUGCCGACCGGCAACUUCAAACAACUUUAAGAUCCGACCAUUCCUCCCGUCCGUGCGGACUCUGAGCAAGUGGGCAAGCGAGAAGAUGCCUCGGCCGGGCCGCAACACGUACAGCGACCAGAAGCCUCCCUACUCCUACAUCUCGCUGACCGCCAUGGCCAUCCAGAGCUCUCCGGAGAAGAUGUUGCCGCUCAGCGAGAUCUACAAGUUCAUCAUGGACCGCUUCCCCUACUACCGGGAGAACACGCAGCGCUGGCAGAACAGCCUGCGCCACAACCUCUCCUUCAACGACUGCUUCAUCAAGAUCCCGCGGCGGCCGGACCAGCCCGGGAAGGGCAGCUUCUGGGCGCUGCAUCCCAGCUGCGGGGACAUGUUCGAGAACGGCAGCUUCCUGCGGCGCCGCAAGCGCUUCAAGGUGCUGAAGUCUGACCACCUGGCGCCCAGUAAGCCAGCGGACGCUGCGCAGUACCUCCAGCAGCAGGCUAAGCUGCGGCUCAGCGCGCUGGCCGCCUCCGGCACGCAUCUGCCGCAGAUGCCGGCAGCUGCCUACAACCUGGGCGGUGUGGCGCAGCCCUCCGGCUUCAAGCAUCCCUUCGCCAUCGAGAACAUCAUCGCGAGGGAGUACAAGAUGCCUGGGGGUCUGGCCUUCUCUGCCAUGCAGCCAGUUCCCGCUGCUUACCCGCUCCCCAACCAGUUGACUACUAUGGGCAGCUCUCUGGGCACAGGCUGGCCACAUGUGUAUGGUUCCGCGGGUAUGAUCGACUCGGCCACCCCCAUCUCCAUGGCGAGUGGUGACUACAGCGCCUAUGGAGUGCCGCUGAAGCCUCUGUGCCACGCCGCGGGUCAGACGCUGCCCGCCAUCCCGGUGCCCAUCAAGCCCACGCCGGCCGCAGUGCCCGCGCUGCCCGCGCUACCCGCGCCCAUCCCCACCCUGCUCUCGAACUCGCCACCUUCGAUCAGCCCUACUUCCUCGCAGACAGCCACCAGCCAAAGCAGUCCUGCCACCCCAAGCGAGACCCUCACCAGCCCGGCCUCCGCCUUGCACUCGGUAGCGGUGCACUGACCCAAGAGAAGCUGGGGUUCUCUCUUGGUCACCGCUACACCACCCCUCUCACCACUUCUCCGGCUCCGGGUCCAGCCCUCUCCGACCUAGAACCACUAUCCUGACUUGCCCAUUCCACCUUCUUCCUUCAAUCCUCUCUCCUAGGAGAACUUUUGGUUUUGAACCCAGAAAACAAACCACAAACUUGCCAGAAGGCGCGUGAAAGUUGUCUUCGCCCUUCCAGUGCACCAGAGAACACAGGGGCUAACCCAAGCCAAGCGGCCCCUCCAGAGUCCCAGAAAUGCACUCCCAUCCAAUAGGCAGGACACCCUGAUUCCCUCCUGCGCGGAGAAAACACAAACAAAAAGAAAAAAAAUGCAUCUUUUGAGUUUGGAUCGGCGGAGCCGUAGACUCUGCGCAAUUUCAAGACCAGAGACACUGCUCGAGAGUGAAGCCCGCCAAGGCUGCAGCCGCACAGCAAGGGCCGGAUCUUAGGUCCUGAAAA